CUCUACACGAGCAUUUUUUUUAAAUUUGAAAAUUUUUUUUUUUUCUAAAGUUAUAAGCUUUUUCAUUUUUUAAAUGGCGGGUGUCGGCUAACUUCACGGUCAUUUUAAAAUUAUCAUUUACUCUACGAGUGCAACAAAGAUAGUCCCGUUUAUUUUUUUGAGUGUGAGAAAGAGGUCCGGUACCGUAUCCCCUUAAACAAAGUCGCUCGUUAAAAUGACGGGUUGUGAUAAGGAAGGAAAAGGUCUAGGAAGAAAUGGAACCAGACGUUAUCGUAGAGUUCUUAGAGACAACAUCCAGGGUAUCACCAAACCAGCGAUCCGUCGUCUGGCCCGUCGUGGUGGAGUCAAGCGUAUUUCCGGUCUGAUCUACAAAGAAACUCGUGGUGUCCUCCAUGUCUUCCUUGAAAACGUCACCCUUAACGAACACGCCAAAUGUAAUACUGUCACCACCAUGGAUGUUAUCUACGCUCUUUACAGGCGAGGCCAUAUUCUCUAUGGUUUCAGAAGUUAAUACCUCAUUUAUUUAUUGUUAAUUACAAUUUACACCAUAAAAAAAUAUUAAUACAUAUAAUUCUAAAUGUUUAAAAUAAAUUUGUAUUAAAUAUUUUAACUUUCAUUUUUAUUUCCUUGAUUAAAGUGAUGUUUUACCUGUAAA